AUGGCUCCAUCUCCAAUGGCAGAAGCGGGUUGCAGCAGCAGCCGGCGACGGUUCGCGGUGGCGUGCAGCGUGCUGAGCCAGUGCGUCAGGGCCGAGACCGCGGCAGCCCAUUCUCGUCCCGCGGUACAGCCGCAGGCUGCAUCAGCGUCCCCGAUGCUUCUUAUGCCGGGCGCCGACGUUGUCAGCGACGAGACCGUGCCAACGCCGACACCGGCGCCGGCGCCAGCGUCAGCAAAGCUAACCAUCGUGUACGGCGGGCGCGUGCUGGUGUUCGACGACGUCCGCGCGGACAGGGCGGCGGAGGUGAUGCGCGUCGCUGCUCGGCAAGACAUGCCCGGUGGACUGGCCGACCUACAGGUGGCGAGGAAGGCGACGCUGCAGCGGGUUAUGGAGAAGAGGCGGGACAGGCUUCGCGCGCUCGCGCCGUACGCCCCUGCCCGCGCGCCGACGGCGACGGCGGCGGUGCCCAAGGAGCAGUGGGAAAAAGACGCUGACAAAUGGCUUAGGCUGGGUAUCCCAGGAUAA